UCCUCAUAAUUCGGGCAAUGUAGAAGUGCUUCUACAGCUUGGGGGAGCUUAAAUCCAAAAUUUCUGCAAAAGUCUUUUUAAUUCACAUUGACCAGAAUUUGUGUGUGACGUGUGUAUCGGAAGUGCUCCCCUGUAGGCCGGACUCGGUACCGCGCCACCUCAUUAACUAUUAAUGCCUGUGUAUGAAAUCGCGGCUUCUGAUUGGUUUACCGCCAGAUGUCCUCAUAAUUUCUGUAUUCGUCAAACCGUGCCGUUGGCAAAGAUUAUUGAAAAUUGCAUUGAAAGAUAUUGAAAAAGAUAAAGUUUUAAAUACAAAGUAAUAGCCAUUAUCUGCUACAUUCACAACGGUAUAAAUACAAAACACUGUGCACGUGACCCAAGCCGUUCCUGCUGUGGAUGUCUCGACGAUUACACGCUUAUCACUCAUCUCCGAUAAGAAAAUGUCAGGAAAAAGGCCCAAGAGAGCUAAAAAAAAACCAAAAGAUGAGGCUGUCUAUUAUGCAUCAAUCUGUAAAGAUAAGGGUGGAUUUGUUGCAAAAUACAUAAAUUCAUUCAAAGGUCGGGGAGUGUUUACCUCUUCUCACUUCAAUAAAGGCGAUUUUCUUAUUGAAUAUCGAGGAGAGGUCAUAAAUAAAGAAGAAAAUGAAAGAAGACUUAAACUUUAUGACAAUGAACUCGAAGUGUUUUUAUUUGAGUUCCGUUUUGAUGGAAAACAGUUAUGGGUUGAUGCUGCGAAGGAAGAUGACUCUUUAGGGCGUCUUGUUAAUGAUGACCACCUGAACCCCAACAGCAAAAUGAAAAUAAUAACCGUGGACGAAAAGCCCCAUCUGUGUUUAUUUGCUAUAAAGAACAUUAGUCCUGGGGAGGAAAUACGUUAUAACUAUGGGGAUUCUGAAUGGCCAUGGAGAAACCAAGUAACUUCAGACACUGCUGAACCUGCCUCACUCGUCUGUGAUGAUGGGAGUAAAACACAGACGGUAACUUCAGACACUGCUGAACCUGCCUCACUCGUCUGUGAUGAUGGGAGUAAAACACAGACUGUAACUUCAGACACUGCUGAACCUGCCUCACUCAUCUGUGGAGAUGGGAGUAAAACACAGACGGUAACUUCAGACACUGCUGAACCUGCCUCACUCGUCUGUGAUGAUGGGAGUAAAACACAGACGUUGGUCAGUCACAUAGAGAACUUAAUGUCCUAA